AUGUCAAAACUUCUGAUCGCAGCAAAAACAGGAAAUUUUCAUGAAGUAAAACGGUUAGUUGAUCAUGGUGCUGAUGUAAACGGUAAAAAUUACUACGAUGUUAGUCCUCUCCACUUUGCAGCAUCACCUGGUUCACUGGAAAUUGUCAAAUAUUUAGUUGAACAUGGUGCGGAAGUAAAUUUUAAUUCCUUUAAUGUUGGAACCUCGCUUCACUCUGCAACAUCAUCUGGUUCACUGGAAAUUGUCAAAUAUUUAGUUGAACAUGGUGCUAAUGUAAACUUUAAAUCCUUUAAGGUUGGUACCCCUCUUAACUCUGCAGCAUCAUCUAGUUCACUGAAAGUUGUUAAAUAUUUAGUUGAACAUGGUGCUAAUGUAAAUUUUAGAUCAUUUAACGUUGGUACUCCCCUUCUCUCUGCAGUAUCAUCUGAUUCACUGGAAAUUGUCAAAUAUUUAGUUGAACAUGGCGCUAAUGUAAAUUUUAGCUUAUUUAACGUCGGUAGUCCUCUUCACUCUGCAGUAUCAUCUGGUUCACUCAAAAUUGUAAAAUAUUUAGUCGAACAUGGUGCUCAUGUAAAUUGUGAAAAGUGUAAUGUUGGUAAUCCUCUUCACUCUGCAGCAUCAUCUGGUUCACUGGAAAUUGUCAAAUAUUUAGUUGAACAUGGUGCUAAUGUAAAUUUUAGAUCAUUUAACGUUGGUAGUCCUCUUCACUCUGCAGUAUCAUCCGGUUCACUGGAAAUUGUCCAAUAUUUAGUCGAACAUGGUGCUGAUGUAAAUUGUGAAAAGUGUGACGUUGUUAAUACUCUUCACUCGGCAGCAUCAUCUGGUUCACUUGAAAUUGUCAAAUAUUUAGUUGAACAUGGUGCUGAUGUAAAUUUUAGAUUAUUUAACGUUGGUAAUCCUCUUCACUCUGCAGCAUCAUCUGGUUCAUUUGAAAUUGUCAAAUAUUUAGUUGAAAAUGGUGCUGAUAUAAAUUGUGAAAAUUCUAAACUUGGCAGUCCUCUUCACUCAGCAGUAUCAUCUGGUUCACUGGAAAUUGUCCAAUAUUUAGUUAAACAUGGUUCUGAUGUAAAUUGCGAAAAGUUUGACGUUGGUAAUCCUCUUCACUCAGCAGCAUCAUCUGGUUCACUGACAAUUGUCAAAUAUUUAGUUGAACAUGGUGCUGAUGUAAAUUUCAUAUCCUCUAACGUUGGUAGUCCUCUUCACUCUGGAGUAUCAUCUGGUAUACUAGAAAUUGUCAAAUAUUUACUUGAACAUGGUGGUGAUGUAAAUUGUGAAAUUGAUAACGUUGGUCGUCCUCUUCACUCCGCGGUAUCAUCUGGUUCACUGGAAAUUGUCAAAUAUUUAAUUGAUCAUGGUGCUGAUGUAAACUGUAAAUACCGGCGGAAUACACCUGUAAUUCAUAAUGCUGUUAAGUUUGGAAAUGGUUCAUUGGAAAUGGUUAAAUAUUUAGUUGAACAUGGUGCUGAACUACCGAAUGAAGAAAAUCUUGACCUGCCCACAGUUCUAUUUCUGGCUUGUGAGGGUGGAAAUGCUUCAAUUGUUAACUACCUUCUCCAACAUGGAGCGAUUAAAGACGUAAAUAACUGGAAAUUAGAAUCUCCCUUACGUAUAGCAUGCCAGAAAGGUCAUACCUCCGUAGUUCAAACAUUACUGAAAUAUAACGUUGAUAUACGAAAAGAGAAGGAACCAUUAAUAUGUGGCAAUAAUGAGAUCAUAAAUAUUUUGAAUGUAGAAUUAAACAAGUCGCUUAAACAUCGCAAAAAAAUUCAGAUUUUGAAAGGAAUGGACAACGAAAACUUGACAAAGGUAAUAUUAUAUUUUUUAUUCCAUGCAAAGCAAAAGAGAAAAGGAAUCUCAAAACCGUCUAUUUAUUGGUUAUUAUUUUUGGCUUAA